CAGAGGUCAUUAUGUUAAGUAGUGAACACAAACUGUUGUGUGAUACUGUCAUUAUGUUAAGUUAAAAUGAUAUACUGUUCGGUGCAGAGGUCAUUAUGUUAAGUAGUGAACACAAACUGUUGUGUGAUACUGUCAUUAUGUUAAGUUCAGAAGAUAUACUGUUCGGUUCAGAGGUCAUUGUGUUCAGUAGUGAACACAAACUGUUGUGUGAUACUGUCAUUAUGUUAAGUACAGAUGAUAUACUGUUCGGUGCAGAGGUCAUUAUGUUCAGUAGUGAACACAAACUGUUGUGUGAUACCGUCAUUAUGUUAAGUUAAGAUGAUAUACUGUUAAGUGCAAAGGUCAUUAUGUUCAGUAGUGAACACAAACUGUUGUGUGAUACCGUCAUUAUGUUAAGUUCAGAUGAUAUACUGUGUGGUCUCAAUGUAAUUAUGUUCAGUUAAAAUGAUUUGCUAAUCGGUGCUAAAAUAAUUAUGUGCAGUUAAAAUAGAACUCUACUUUGUAGUACCGUCAUUAUUUUCAGUUCAUAUAGUAUGUUGUUGGGUGGCACUGACAUUUUAUGCAGUUUAGAAAAAGACAUGUUAAGUUUAGCUGUCCUUAUAUUUUGUUAAUUAAUAUGUAUUAUUUGUUUUUGACAGUGUUCGGUUGAUCUUACAUUUUGUUGCGCAAACAUACAUAUGUGGAAUGUAUUCACUCUGUGAAUAUUUUACUCGGAACAAGUUCUCUAAUGGUUUUGUAAAAUAUGGAUGAAAUUUUGACUAAUCUUGGGCUUAAUAGACAUAUUAUCGUAUUUCAAAGGGAAAAAAUAACACCUGAUAUUAUCUGUGAUUUAUCAUUGUACGAAUUUAACUGUUUAGGAAUUGAAAAUAGACAUGACGUUAUGAACCUGAGGACAGCUUGUGUACAUUUUGGAAACUGCAAACCUCCAAAGUCUGGUUCGACAGCUGGACCUUCAAGUUUCAGAAUUCCUAAGACAAUUCUCGAGAGCAUGUUGGACAUAGGAUUCGCAGUAAAAGAAAUUUCGGAUUUUUGUGCCGUUUCUGAGAGCACUAUUUAUAGGCGUAUGAUGUGCUAUGGGUUGCGAAAGUACAGUUUCUCACACGUCAGCGACGAGGUGCUCACUGAAAUUGUGAUUAAGCUUGUCAAGCAAUUCCCAAGAUGUGGAGAAAAAAUGCUCAGAGAACUUCUUCGUCAGAAGAAUAUUCACAUACCAAGAUCGCGUCUUCGAGAUGUUUUGCAAGAACAUGAUAAAAAUGGGAUACGUUAUAGAACACGCAGACGCCUUCACCGACGCGUUUAUCAAGUUAAAGGCCCAAAUUGUGUGUGGCACCUGGACACAAACCACAAGUUAAUUCGAUGGAACAUUGUCAUUGCCGGUGGUAUCGACGGAUUCAGUAGAAUGAUAAUGUAUAUCAAGGCCUUAACUAAUAACAAAUCGGAUUCCUUAUUACAAAUAUUUAGAGAGGCGGUACAAAAGUUUGGCACACCUCUGCGAAUCCGAACAGACAAGGGGAUGGAAAAUGUUAAAAUUGCAGAUUUCAUACUUCGACAGAGGGGCAUUGGAAGUGUGUUAGCCGGCAAAAGCGUUCAUAAUCAACGGAUUGAAAGACUUUGGAGAGAUGUGUAUGAUGGUGUUUUAGGAUUUUACUCAGAAUUAUUUUCUUUCAUGGAGGACGAAGGGAUUUUAGAUAUAAUGGAUCCCCUACAUAUCUUUGCUCUGCAUUUUGUUUACUUGCAAAGGAUAAACGUAUGCCUCGCCUCAUGGUGCGAAGCUUGGAGUACACACAGACUGCGAACUGCGAGAUCUUCACCACUAAGACUUUGGACAGCUGGCAUAGCCAAUAAUCCGAUUCCUAUACCCGAGAGCGCAGAUUUUACUUCUGAUGAAGAUGAAGACGAAAAUAGCGUCUAUGUCGGUGACAGUCGUCCAGUUUUCACCAGCCCCGAGAUUCAUAUCAGUGAUUACUGCAAGCAACAGCUUGAGUUACAUUGUCCACACAACUGGACCGGCAUUAACUAUGGGAUCGAAAUUUACCAAAAUGCAGUCUCAAUUUUACAGCUUUCUGAUGACUAAAUAUGAAAUGUGUAAUGUAAGAGUUGUAUAAAUGCUAUAAAUGAUAAAUAUAAAACUAGAUGGAUGCUGAAUCUGUUACGAUUUGUUACAACAUAAUCUUUUUAAAAUGAAUAGCAUUUCUGCCUAUUUGUAAAAGCUAUAGGAUGGGUACGAGGCUGUUACUGGUGUAUAUUAGGGCAUUGGGCUCCUCUGUCAAUGCCGCGAGGCCGAAAUUAAUUCGAAAACCAGAAAUAUAUACCUAAUAUAUACCUGUAGGGGACGAACACCACAUCCUAUAACUGUUUUAUCGCAUGGUUUUGUUGUAUUUCCUGGUCCUUCGGUAUUAUUCAAUUUUUGUUUUGAAAAUUUAAUACUUCUUAAGCCGUAACUAGAGUGCGGGAGCAGUGUACCAAUUUCAACUAGUGCUCAUGAUCAGACUCAAUCAAACUUCUGAUUAUCAUAUUGUAAACCCAAAAGCAAGGUAUCCAAUCAAUACCCAUGCUUUAUAGAUUGUGCUCAAUUUAUUGGCGCGGACGCCCUUCAUCUUCAUGGGCGGUUUCACUUUGAAAAUACUUCGGAUUAAGUGUGCCAUUUUUCUUGUUUAAACUUUCAAGCUUGCUAACUUUGCUAAGUUACAAUCGUCUCUAGUGUAUUGUACAAGAUGACUAAACGGGCUUUAAUUAUUGGAAACUUUAAAACUGUAGAUUCCUGCAUGCAUGGUUUUAAUCCAUUGCGUUGCGUUGUCAAAGGCGAGAUAAGCCAAAAUCAUCUUCAUUAAAGAGAGUUGUCAGAUACUUGCGUAAUUUAGCAUCGGGUACUGGUAAACAGUUCAGAUGGUCUAAGUUUACCUAAUAUGGAACUACAUUAAGUAACAUUAUCACUUUAUCCGGUUUCUUUAAGAAGUAUUUAAACAAGUUAAGGGUGUAUUGCCAUGAAUAACAAAGUCCCCUUAUGGAGGAGGGUAAACAUAACUUUAGCAAAAGGCUAGGUCAAACCAAGUCAGCAACAACACUUGUAUGCAAACAGGUCUAUGUGGUCCAAAUUUCAAUAAAGGUCACUUUCAAGGUCAUCAAAGUGCACCAUUUUAAUUGCUUUGUCAACCUGUUAAUUUGGUCCAGAUAUCAUUGCCGUAUUUUCAAAAAACAAAAAAAUAGGUCAGUAGGUCAAAUACAAUGUCAAUAUGUGCCCCUUUAGUAACAGAUGACAUUGGUAUGCAAAAAAUGCAUAUCUGGUGUAGCUUCGAAAACAAAAAGUAGGUCACUAAAGGUCACCAAUCUCUAUCAGAUUGUAAAACUAGACAUAUUCUUCAAAUAUUAGUCAUGAUAAGUACAUGACACCUAUUAAUUUAGGGGUCAGUUGACUUAAACUUGACCUACUGACCUACUUUCUUGUUUUUGGAGAUACAGCAGUGACAGUUGGACGAUCCAAAUUGAAAUUGACCAAGUUAUAAAAUGAAAAUGGUUUAAUAUUUAAGCGCCAGUAACCUUGACCUUUGACCCCUUAAUAAUUAGAGGUCAUCUAGUAAACAAGAUCAAUAAGUGUAUGAAAUUUGGAGACAGUGAUAUAAAUGGUAUUCAAGUUAUGAAGUGAAGUCAUUUUAAAAUUCAGUCCACAGUGACUUUGACCUUUAAUAGACGAAUUCUACUCAUCAAGGCCCAUAAGUGUAUGAAGUUUGAAGGUUCUGGAAUAAAUGGUUCUCAAGUUAUAAAAGGGGCCAUACUAUGCGGGCGCAUCCUCAAAAUUCUGAUACUGCAAACACUUUUUCAACCUGUAUUUUGUACAAAAACGAGUCAUGUAAAGCAAUCAGAAAAGAUACAAAGAAGUUGUCCUUACUUCUAGUUUUAAUAUUCCAAAUGCUUUGACAAGUCUUUUCCUUGUCAGCAUUUUGCGUUGAAUGAUUUUGAUAUGGAUUGUGCGUUCACCCGGCAUUGAAAUGUUACAGACAUUGAGAAAUUGUCAAUUAAACAAUAAAGUCUCUAAUAACUAAUAACUGUUUCUUUCAUAACCUUUUGGUGCAAGUAUCUGUUGAAAUUUUAAAAUAAUGUAAAAACAAUGACUCCCACCAGCCUUGCCUUUUUUGCAAUGUCACACUUAACAAUAAUUUCUUUGGUCUGAAUUGAAUUUUGGGUGUGUGUAAAAAAGUUUGAAUUAAUAUAUAUUGUGACAGUUUUUCUGUCCAGACAGGUUUUACAAUCUCAGUCAAUGGGCGAAAACUUCCCCAGUAUAUAUCAGGACAGUUUGUGAUGUCACAAACAACAGUGUUACUGAAUAUACUAGGUUGAAAAGAGCCACACCAUGCAAUAAACUAGAACUGCCACUAUCUUGGCGUGAAUACCCCCGCAUACCACUUUGUCAGAAUCAACAGUGGCCAUUUAGAGCGCAAGGACAACCUCCCUGCCAAAUCUGAGGUUACUAAGCCAGUGCAUUGCUAAGUUAUGUAUUCUACAUGCUUCAAAUGUGAAAAUGUCAAAAUCAAUACAUUGCAGACAGGACAUUCUUUAGCAAUUGAGAAGAAAAGCUUUUUUUUUUGUCAAGGUCCCUGUGACCUUGAACUUUGACCCAGUGACCUCAAAAUCAAUAGGGGUCACCUUAUAGU